CAUUCCCAAUAUAAUAGCCCAGGAAUAGAAAAUUCCAACAGCACCGUCACUUCCUCUACCGCUUUCUUCCUCCUCAUUAAGGCGCAACUCUCUCUCUCUCUCUUUCUUUUUCUUUGUUAGGUUUGGUGACACUUAGUUAGAAAGAGCGUGCGAAGAGGGUGGGGAGAAGAUUUAGUGUUGUGGCCAUGGCGGAGUCUGAGAAGAGUACUGUGCUUGUUACGGGAGCCGGUGGUCGCACAGGACAAAUAGUUUACAAAAAAUUAAAAGAGAGGCCAAACCAAUAUGUGGCUAGAGGUCUGGUUAGAACAGAUGAAAGCAAACAGAACAUUGGUGCUGCAGAUGACGUUUUUGUUGGGGAUAUAAGAGAUGCUGAAAGUAUUGUUCCUGCAAUUCAAGGUAUAGAUGCUCUCAUAAUCCUCACAAGUGCUGUUCCACAGAUAAAACCUGGGUUUGAUCCUACCAAAGGACAAAGACCAGAGUUCUAUUUUGAUGAUGGUGCAUAUCCUGAGCAGGUUGACUGGAUUGGGCAGAAAAAUCAAAUAGAUGCCGCUAAGGCUGCUGGAGUGAAGCACAUUGUGUUAGUAGGGUCUAUGGGUGGAACAGAUCUUAACCAUCCUUUGAACAGCUUGGGUAAUGGGAAUAUACUGGUUUGGAAAAGGAAGGCUGAGCAAUAUCUGGCUGAUUCCGGCAUCCCAUAUACAAUUAUAAGGGCUGGUGGCUUGCAAGACAAAGAUGGAGGUCUUCGGGAACUACUUGUAGGGAAGGAUGAUGAGCUUCUCCAGACUGAAACCAGAACCAUAACUAGAUCUGAUGUUGCAGAAGUCUGCAUUCAGGCACUAAAUUAUGAGGAGGCUAAAUUCAAGGCAUUUGACUUGGCGUCAAAACCAGAGGGAGCUGGUUCAGCAACAAAGGACUUCAAGGCUUUAUUUUCCCAGAUCACCACUCGCUUUUGAUUUUGGAUGUUGUUGUCAUGGUCCCAAAAUCCUUGUGAAUUGAACCAUAUGGGUAUUAGUGCUAUCUGAAGCAAAUUUAAUUUUAGUAAAGGAUUGUUUAAAGCAAAUUAGACUUCACUAGUAGUGCACGCCUUGAGAAAAACAUUCCUUAAUGUUUUCAUUUGCAUGAUACUAUGAUAAAAAUAAAAAAAGUAGUUUUCAUAGGGACAAAACUCAGCUGUCUGUAUAAACUUACUAGAAAAUACAUUGCUGACAAUUGUCACUAUUAUAAUUGGAUACUGAUUUCCUUGUUGGAAGCA